CAAGUUCUGUUCGUCCAUCCUCACCACUUCUUUUGGCUCAUCGGAUUACAGCAGGGUGCACGCCGGCAACUCCGACUCCAACUAGAAAACCUCGAUAAAGAACACAUAUCAUCAUGUCUGGUCUACAGUGUCUUGGUGAAGACAACAUCUGGUUUGAGAAGCCCCGCUACGACGAGGCUGAGAGACGCUUCUACGAGGGAGCCAACGGGCCCUCCACACACUCGCACCACCAGGUAAAGUCACCCCUCCAAGGUAGAGCACGAUCUCGUCCCCAGAAGCGCCAGCACAGGAAUUCUUCCUCAGCCAGUGGGGACCAGGAGUUGGUGUCUCGUAUGAAGAGUCUGGAGCUGGAGAACCAGGAACUGCACAAAGUGGUGGGGGAUCUGAGAACAGCCUUGUUCAAGCUGGAGAACAGAGUCCAGGUUCUGGAGAGGAGCCCAGCUGUUCCCUGUGCCAAGGCGGUGACUGUUCAGUCUGUGAAGGUAGAGGAGGAGGAUGAUGAUGAUAUGGACCUCUUUGGGAGUGAUGAGGAGGAGGAUGAAGAGGUAGAGAGGCUGAAGGAGGAGAGAAUCGCUGCCUACGCUGCCAAGAAGUCCAAGAAACCAGCGCUCAUCGCCAAGUCCUCUAUCCUGCUGGAUGUCAAGCCUUGGGAUGAUGAGACAGACAUGUCUAAGUUGGAGGAGUGUGUGAGGUCUGUUGUAGCUGACGGUCUGCUGUGGGGUCAGUCCAAGCUGGUUCCCGUGGGUUACGGCAUAAAGAAGCUCCAGAUCGGGUGUGUUGUCGAGGACGACAAGGUGGGGACAGACCUGCUAGAGGAAGAGAUCACCAAGUUUGAGGACUACGUCCAGAGUGUCGACGUGGCUGCCUUCAACAAGAUCUAAGCCUCUCCUUUCCUUCCUCCUUCCUCUCCUCCCUCCUUCCUCUCCUCCCUCCUUCCUCUCCUCCCUCCUUCCUCUCCUCCUUCCUUCCUCUCCUCCUUCCUCCCCUCCUUCCUCUCCUUUCCUUCCUCUCCUUUCCUCCCUCCUUCCUCUCCUUUCCUCCCUCCUUCCUCUCCUAUCCUCCCUCCUCUCCAGUCAUCCAAAGAGUUACUGCUGCUCUCUGCUUGCACAGUUACUAAUAAAACAGCUUUAAGCACAAA